AUGAGCCACACAACUAUACAGGAUUCAUUAUCAAAAAAGAAAGACCAUGUACUUGAUUUAAUAGGCACGGAUCAAGUUCAAAAAAUAUUUGGCAAUAGUGAUACUGAAGCUAUAGCGUUCACAUUCUCUAUUCUAGAUCUUAUAAAGAAAAAAUCAGCAUUGUAUGGAACUAAUAUGAAUACGAAUUCACAAUUCUACACUUAUUCAAGAGAGAUUGAUUCAUGCAAAACGUGGUGUGCGGACAUUUCUUUGGAUUUAAACAGCGGGUUUUCCAACACUGAAUUGAUUGAAUUUUAUUGGGAUUUGAUUAUAAUAACUGAAUUACAAUUCAUAUUACCAUAUUAUUUACAAAAUAAAAAAUAUUAUUAUAAAUCAGUAAACAAUUCAAUAAUUAAAAAAAUUGGUAAAACGUUAACCUCUGUGAUUAAUGAAAAAAAAAUCAAUAAUAGCAUAAGUGAAAAUUACAGUUGGAGGUUCUCCGGUUUGAACUAUUCACUAAUCUAUAUACCACUAUAUUUCAAAGAUUUUAUUUGGGGGAAAUCUGAUUCGAUUUAUUUCCACGUAAUAUUACCUCGAUCCUCAGAUUCCAGAGAAUCAUUGACUGAAGCGGACAAAGUCUUAAUAAAACACAGUAAGGAAUGGUUGCUAGCAUUAUUAGAACUUGCAAGUGAUCUAAAUUUAAUGUAUAUGAGGCUUUACAUAAGAAGAUCAGAUAUCGGAAAUAUAUCUGCAUUACUAAAGAAUUUAAACUGGAUUGGCGGUAAGUUAAUACAUAAUGAAGAUAGAGAUAAAUUAUCAAAAAAUGACAUUGACAUGAAUGAAAUGUUAUUUGGAGAUGAGGAAUUCCUAAUAUUGGAAUUUGAAUGUUAA